AUGCCUCAGUACACUUCCCGCGAUGUCGGCGACCCGUCGCAAAUCAAGAAGAACAAGCAGUCUAUGGCUGACUUGAAGCUCCGACGUCUAACUGAGCUCAACAACCGUCUGCGCGAGGACCUAGAGAGAGAAAGGAUUCCCGUUUCUCAAGCAUCCACGAGCAUCAUUGCAUACUGCAACAGCACAAGGGAUUACAUGGUUCCCUCAGUAUGGGGAGCUGUUCCCAGGGGAGAGGAUCCGUAUGCGCCACAACAGAGCGGUGGAUGCUGCUUGGUCAUGUAG